AUGCAGUCGACUCCCGCCUGGUCUCAUCCUUCUGGAGACCAAGAUCUUACUCCUCGUCCUCAACACCUCUCGGUUUCCGGCAGCACCGACUCCUCCUCCAUGGCCUCAGCGUCAGGCCGCAGUUCGUCGGCCUCUGGCCGCUCCCAAUCUACCAAAAUAGUGCCCGAUAAACAGAUUUCCCAAAUCGAAAAGAGCGUCACGCAUCUCCUAGUGGCAACCAAACAACUCCUCGAAACCUUGACACAGUGGUCUCGCAAAGCCGCCUCGGAAACAGAUGUGUCAGACGUGUAUGUGCGCCUCGGUUAUGAAUUCAACCUCGCCUGUCGCGCCUUCAAUGCGAUCGGUGUCGAGACCUCGGACUUGGGUCCCGUGCCUGAUGUACUGCGCACAAUACUCGAAGACACCCUCAGCCAGGAUGCAUCCCCGCAAAGCCUCGACCGAUACCUCCCUCAAAUUCGCGAUAUCAUCAUAAACCUCCUCCACGGUCUGAAGAAGAAGCAAGCGCGCCUACGGUCUCGACAGCAGAAGGAAGAGGGUCGAAGUGGGAUGCCCGGGCGGCAGGCGAGUGCCGGAAGCCUGGCCAGCGAGAAGACAAAUAUUGGACAGCUCUACGAUGAAGCUGCUGCGUCAAUAUUGCCUCCGGGUAGUGUGCCAUCUCCUAAACGGUCGGCACGUCGAUACGGAAGCAAUGGUUCGUUGGAAGACUCGCCCUCCCAACAGCGCACCUCCCCGGGGCCAUCUGGCUCAAGCUACUCAGAGCGAGAUGCCUCGCACAAGGAAUCCCAGCAGUUGCUCUCCCAGGCAACAUCAGACAACGAACCGACACCUCGGGCGACUCCCUCAGCAGCACCGCCAGACUUCCCUGCCCCGCCGCCUCCGCCGAAGCAGGACGAUGCGCUAGGCGCUUUACAGAGAAGUGGUGAGCUAGAGCGGCGUGCUUCCCGUCGUUUCUCUGCCUACCAGAUUCAGAAACACCUGGGUACAUCUUCGAAUGGUGUGCCCGUCAUCCCCUCACAAAAUUCACCAGUCCCCAACCGGGGGCGCGAUGUGCGCGAAUCGCUUAACGCCGUGCGCCUCCGAGGGCCCUAUCAACACUCGCGCCAACGAUCCACGAAAGGCUCCCAAGACGUCACUAAAGUCGGGCAGGCCCAGGCCGCUGCCAACAUCCCCCAGGCAGUACAGGAGGAAUCUCCGAAGGCUUCCACCGAAACCGAGGGGCCCUCCCCGGCACCCGCAGAAAAUAAGCCGCUCGUCGAAAAGGAGCUACCGACAAGCCCUGUCGCGGAUUUAUCCACCCCUCAUUUCCCACAACCACCCAAGCCUGGCCCCUCCCUAGGCGAUGCCUUUGAUCCCGAGAAGAGUGGCUCUUCUCCCGUUCGCGAGAUAGCCCCACAAACACCAAAGAAAGAUGGAAUCGAACCAGCCGAUAUAGCUACACCUCCUCCGAUUCCUCAGCUCGCUGUCGACCAACCAUCCCCAGGGAAAGAACUGACCCUGUUCCUUCAGUACAAGAGCAAGAUCAAGAAGUAUGUUCUGCUAGAAGGCAUCGCAGAACUGACCAUCGGGCGACUCCAAUUGGCAUUCAUCGAGAAAUUCGCAUGGAAUGUUCACAAUAACGGCAUGGACCUUCCUGAAAUUUACAUCCAAGAUCCAAUUUCCGGUAUUCGCCAUGAGCUUGAAGAUUUGAGCGAUGUCAAGGACCGUUCGGUCCUCGUGUUGAAUGUGGAUAGUCUUGAUGAAGUGAAGAAGCACUUUGAUGACAGUUUUGGAAACGUGCGUACUCUAGUGGAAAGCGUGAAAGAGGCGCUCAGCGGCCAGGGAACCGUCAUUCAACGUGUCUCCGAUCGUCAGCUGGAGGCUGCAAAGGAAAUGGCUCGUCUCGCGGCCACUCCCUCAUCAUCGUCUGGCUCCGGCGUCGUCAGUAAGAUCGCCUUGCCGUCUGGAACUGGUAUCCCCAUCGGUGAACUUCAAAGCCUGCGUCGUGACCUGGCCGUUGUCAGGCAAACUUUUACCAACUUCCAAUCCGACAUCACUGGCUCGAUGACUGACCUUCGCGCCAAAGCAAGCUUGGUCAAGACUGCUGCAGAGGACGUCGCUGUUACAAGCUAUGAGGGAGAUGCCGGCCGAGCACGUGUCGGAACCGGCAAAAAGGAGCUGGCUAAUGAAUCCGAACGCCUUGUCGCACGCGUCGACGAUCUUCAGGAUUUAGUUGAGGAUUUGCGCAAGGACGUUGUGCAACGCGGUGUCCGCCCAUUGCCACGACAAUUGGAGGGCGUCAGCCGUGAUAUCAGCAACGUGAUGAAGGAAAUCAAGAAGAUGCAAGACUUCCUGGGCCGCGAGAAGCCCAUCUGGACCAAGAUCUGGGAGAAGGAGUUGCAACUCGUCUGCGAGGAGCGAGACCAACUCACGAUGCAGGAAGACCUCGCUGCUGACCUGCAAGACGAUCUCGAAAAGGCCGCACAAACCUUCGCCCUGGUCGAACAAGCUACCAAAGAACAAGCGCAGGAGAAAGCCAACGGCGCAGUCACAUUGCGCGCUACCUCGCGUACCCUUGGCAUUGACCCCACAGUUGAUCCGGUCAAGGCCAAGGACGGUGUUCUCGGCGAGGUACGCGCGCUCCAGCCCAAUCACGAAAGCCGAAUCGAGGCCAUUGAGCGCGCUGAGAAGGCCCGCAAGAAGGAGCUCGAGAAUCGACGUGCCAAUCUCUUCCAGAAGGAGCUCGGUGCUUUCGUGCAAGAGGAUAAGCUCAAGAAGAGCGGGGGCGUUGAAGAGGCCGAGCGUCUGCGUAACGCUAAAGACGAUCGCAUUCGCAAGGAAGUCUGGGACAGACAACAGGCCCGCAACGCGGAGAUGGAGAAAGCCGAAGCCGAAGCCGCGGCUGCACAAGCAGCAGCAGGAGAGCAAAAAUCCGAUGGCGAGAAGGAGGAGUCCGGAGAAGCUGCGGUUGAAGAAGGUAGCGGCGAGGAGGCCGCACCUAAGGAUGAAACCCCGACAGAAGAAGAGGAGAAGAAGGAGAGAGAUAGUCCCGACGAUUCUAGUGCGGAGAAAGCACCUGAGUCUUGA